GUAACUAUACAUGUUGAAAUAUAGAUGAUACUACAACACAUAGUAAAUACAGAUGAUACUACAACACAUAGUAAAUAAAGAUAAUACGACAACACAUAGUAAAUACAGAUGAUACUACAACACAUAGUAAAUACAGAUGAUACUACAACACAUAGUAAAUACAGAUGAUACUACAACACAUAGUAAAUACAGAUGAUACUACAACACAUAGUAAAUAAAGAUAAUACUACAACACAUAGUAAAUACAGAUGAUACUACAACACAUAGUAAAUACAGAUGAUACUACAACACAUAGUAAAUACAGAUAAUACUACAACACAUAGUAAAUACAGAUGAUACUACAACACAUAGUAAAUAAAGAUAAUACUACAACACAUAGUAAAUACAGAUGAUACUACAACACAUAGUAAAUACAGAUGAUACUACAACACAUAGUAAAUACAGAUGAUACUACAACACAUAGUAAAUACAGAUGAUACUACAACACAUAGUAAAUAAAGAUAAUACUACAACACAUAGUAAAUACAGAUGAUACUACAACACAUAGUAAAUACAGAUGAUACUACAACACAUAGUAAAUACAGAUAAUACUACAACACAUAGUAAAUACAGAUGAUACUACAACACAUAGUAAAUACAGAUGAUACUACAACACAUAGUAAAUACAGAUGAUACUACAACACAUAGUAAAUACAGAUGAUACAACACAUAGUAAAUACAGAGGAUACUACAACACAUAGUAAAUACAGAUACUACAACACAUAGUAAAUAAGGAUAAUACUACAACACAUAGUACCGUAAUUGCUGGACUAUUAAGCGCACCUGAAUAUAAGCCGCACCCACUGAAUUUAAAAAAAAAAAUGUAUUUUGUACAUAAAUAAGCCGCACGUGUCUAUAAGCCGCAGGUGCCUACCAGUACAUUGAAACAAAUUAACUUUACACAGCCUUUAAACGAAACACGGCUUGUAACAAAAAUAAAUAGGCUUUAACGAAACACGUCUUGUAACAAAAAUAAAUAGGCUUUAAUUAAGGAAACAGGCUUGUAACAUUUUUUUUUUUUUAAAUAGCAGUAAACACUAGCCUACCAAGAAAGUCCUUGGUCACUAUCUUCCUCCUGUGCACUGAAACCACUGAAGUCAUCUCCUUUGGUGUCGGAGUUGAAUAGCCUCAGAAUUGCUUCAUCCGAUGUUGGAUCGUUUUCAUUGUGCUCUCCUCACUUUCAUCCGGAGGCAAAUUCCCCGCUGAGCUUAUGCUGCCCUCUUCAAUACGCAGCAGCCCCACGCUGUCAGGACCCACUGGCAGACUUGACCAUAAGUUGCUCUUCGCAUGCGGCCCGUUUUAGAAAAGGAUUUCUCCCCACUUGUCAUCCAAUCCAUUUUCUAGUUCGGGCCAUCUGCUUUUCUUUCCUCUGAAAGCUUUUGUUGUCUUUUUGCACUAAGUCAGUUUCUCACGCUGCUGUUUCCAACGUCUUAUCAUCGACUCAUUAAGGCCAAGCUCCCGUGCAGAAGCUCUAUUUCUUUUUCAAACAGCCAGAUCGAUCGCUUUCAAAUUGAAAGCUGCAUCAUAUGCAUUUCUCCGUGUCUUUGCCAUGAUGAGGGUGACAAAAUGACUACCGUAAUCAGAAUGAUGGAAAGUUUGAGCGCGCUCGAUUUACUUCACAUUAUGUGACGGUGCUCAGUUUUUUGGCGGCAUGAAUUUGUGAAAGUGGGAAAAAUCCAUAAAUUAGCCGCGUCAUUGUAUAAAGCGCAAGGUUCAUAGCGUGGGAAAAAAGUAGCGGCUUAUAGUCCGGAAAUUACGGUAAAUACAGAUGAUACUACAACACAUAGUAAAUGCAGAUGAUACUACAACACAUAGUAAAUACAGAUGAUACAACACAUAGUAAAUACAGAUGAUACUACAACACAUAGUAAAUACAGAUGAUACUACAACACAUAGUAAAUACAGAUGAUACUACAACACAUAGUAAAUAAAGAUAAUACUACAACACAUAGUAAAUACAGAUGAUACUACAACACAUAGUAAAUACAGAUGAUACUACAACACAUAGUAAAUACAGAUGAUACUACAACACAUAGUAAAUACAGAUGAUACUACAACACAUCUAAUAAAGCAAGUAGUUAUACUCUCUCAUUGAUAGAAUAGUAUCACCAAAUAUUUAGGCUAUUGAUGAUGUACUUGAUGUUCUCAGUUUGUCCAUGGUUGCAGUUAGCAUCGGUUUCGCUGUGAAGAAAGAGGCAAGCAUGGAAGUAUUGUUGAACAGAAUUGACCAAGUUAAAAAAUAUUAUUAUUAAAAGGCUAUUCAUUUGUAUUCUAAUGUAGUUUGAGUUUGGAGUGAUCUACCAUUGCUUCGAUAGAAUGUUAUACACAGCAAGAAUAGGCCAAAGGGGCAUUUUGCACUGGUGUAAGGAUCAACGUUUCAAAGGAAAAAGGUAAGUCAACUUCUUACCGCUUUGUGUGAUGCACCCACAUUUUCAUAGUGGAUUGUAGUGCCAUAUGUUAAGCCAGGGGUUGGCAAGCCUGUUACUGGAGUGCCAUAAGUUAAACCAGGGGUUGGCACGCCUGUUACUGGAAUGCCAUAUGUUCAACCAGGGGUUGGCACGCCUGUUAUUGGAGUGCCAUAUGUUAAACCAGGGGUUGGCAAGCCUGUUACUGGAAUGCCAUAUGUUAAACCAGGGGUUGGCACGCCUGUUACUGGAGUGCCAUAAGUUAAACCAGGGGUUGGCAAGCCUGUUAUUGGAGUGCCAUAUGUUAAACCAGGGGUUGGCACGCCUGUUAUUGGAGUGCCAUAUGUUAAACCAGGGGUUGGCACGCCUGUUAUUGGAGUGCCAUAUGUUAAACCAGGGGUUGGCAAGCCUGUUACUGGAGUGCCAUAAGUUAAACCAGGGGUUGGCAAGCCUGUUACUGGAGUGCCAUAUGUUAAACCAGGGGUUGGCAAGCCUGUUACUGGAGUGCCAUAUGUUCAACCAGGGGUUGGCACGCCUGUUAUUGGAGUGCCAUAUGUUAAACCAGGGGUUGGCAAGCCUGUUACUGGAAUGCCAUAUGUUAAACCAGGGGUUGGCACGCCUGUUACUGGAGUGCCAUAAGUUAAACCAGGGGUUGGCAAGCCUGUUAUUGGAGUGCCAUAUGUUAAACCAGGGGUUGGCACGCCUGUUAUUGGAGUGCCAUAUGUUAAACCAGGGGUUGGCACGCCUGUUACUGGAGUGCCAUAUGUUAAACCAGGGGUUGGCACGCCUGUUAUUGGAGUGCCAUAUGUUAAACCAGGGGUUGGCACGCCUGUUAUUGGAGUGCCAUAUGUUAAACCAGGGGUUGGCAAGCCUGUUACUGGAGUGCCAUAUGUUAAACCAGGGGUUGGCAAGCCUGUUACUGGAGUGCCAUAUGUUAAACCAGGGGUUGGCAAGCCUGUUACUGGAGUGCCAUAUGUUAAACCAGGGGUUGGCAAGCCUGUUACUGGAGUGCCAUAUGUUAAACCAGGGGUUGGCAAGCCUGUUAUUGGAGUGCCAUAUGUUAAACCAGGGGUUGGCACGCCUGUUAUUGGAGUGCCAUAUGUUAAACCAGGGGUUGGCACGCCUGUUACUGGAGUGCCAUAUGUUAAACCAGGGGUUGGCAAGCCUGUUACUGGAGUGCCAUAUGUUAAACCAGGGGUUGGCAAGCCUGUUACUGGAGUGCCAUAUGUUAAACCAGGGGUUGGCAAGCCUGUUACUGGAGUGCCAUAUGUUAAACCAGGGGUUGGCAAGCCUGUUACUGGAGUGCCAUAUGUUAAACCAGGGGUUGGCAAGCCUGUUACUGGAGUGCCAUAAGUUAAACCAGGGGUUGGCAAGCCUGUUACUGGAGAGCCGCAGGUAUUGCAGAAUUUUGUUCCAACUAGGCACCACACCUGACCAACUGAGCUAAUUGAUCAGUGAUUGCCUCAAUUGAACACAGCUGGCCUUCCAGGUUGGUUAAAUGAAAUACAGGAACCCCCAGGACCAGGCUCACCUACCCACGUGUUAAACUAACAAGGGUAGCAACUCAAACAUUUUACCAUGCAGCAUUAUCAAAUGUUAACUUGAUUGAUUUAAUUUAUCAAUUUGAUAUUUUUUUAUUGGUUUACUAAAAUGUUCUGUAUCCAUUAUCCUAACCUGAAGCUGUUUUUCUAUUCCCAACGACUGAUGGAUGUCUCAUUUUGACUGAUUUCGGAGUCAAGCGGGACCCAGCAACACUGAACAUCUUCUCGGGGAACAUCAUGAAGUUACUGAGUGCACCAGCUCAUGGGUACUCGCUGACUGUUUAUUCUCCAAUGGGUGAGGAUAAUCGGCAGCUCAACCCUGGCCCUGUGUCUGAUAGCCACGGAGGCGGCUGAGGCCUACUACCAGUAUGGGCUGCACUGCUGGGACAUCCGAGAGGCUGGGGGAGUUGUCAGAGACACCACAGGCCUUGGGGUGUUGCACAAAAGGACCACUGUUGGGAGACGGAGGGACUGGGCGUGAGGUCGGGAUCAUGUGGUCAGCUGCCGUUCAGUCUCUGGCAGUCCAGAAGCUCCGCUAUCAACUCCUUCCCUGAAAUGGGGUCCUCUCGACCUCAUGUCCUGAAGAGUGGUUGCUGCAGGAACCCACAACAUGGCCAGUUACAUCGUCCAGCAACUGCAGCCAAUCGGCUACGAGUGGGAUGACAGUGACCCUGGUUUGCAAAAGUAAAAGUCGACCUCCAUCUAUCCAGUGGAUUCUCCUCCGCCUUUCACCUCAAAUCAUGAAAUGCUGCCGCAGAGUAUGCAAGCCUGCUCUUUUUUUAAAGGAGAUUUAGCUAAAACGUCAUUUUCCUCCUUUUAAUAUGGAAAUAUUUGUACAGUUUAUUGUAAGUAUGCACUAAUAUACACGGCCAGAUAAUAAUUAGUGACUAGAUUUACAGUAGUAAUCACAUAGACACUCAUUAUCUCUUACAGUUGAAACACUGACUGAAGUUUGUCACGUUUAACUGUUUUUUUUUACUUUUCUAAAUAUAUAUCCUCAUACCAAUAAAGGAAAAUUCUGAAAAAUGUAGAUGUGUUUUCAAUGAUGUAAUGAAAAUAGUUGAACCAGGUUUGUAUGGAGCUAGAAUUUUGGUUUGUAGUGAUGGUUGUGGAUGCUAAGACUUAAAUCACUGCCAAAACCGUUAUUCACUAUUAUAAUAAAUAAAUCAAACAAUUUCAGUGAA